AUGCAUUGGGACCCUGACUUCCAGCCAACCACACUCACGUUGCUACUGCUGCUCAGUGCUCAUGAAGCCACAGUGAGGAAGGGCAUGUCGUUCAGUACAGCGAGGCCCAGUGACUCAGCCGUAUGGGACAUCGCCCUGGAGCCUGGCAGAAGGGGCGUAAACACCAUCUCUGUCGUGUGUCAGAGGAAGACCACCAAUCCCAGGAAAAGGGGUCUGUUGGAGGUCUUGCAGCUUGACUUUGAGUCCAAGGAGUUGACUGAGCAACCAUUAGAGAGCCAGAUGAUCACAUGGCGUUUGGAAACAGGACACAUCAAGGAUGUUGGCAUCAUGAGGAUCUAUACCACCCAGAGAGACUACGUAGGCCUGACAACACUGGUCAUGGACAGUGAUGUGCUGAACACAGCUGUUCUGACUGGUAAGAAAGUGUCUGCCCCAGUCAGGACUCUGGCUGUGGAAGCUGACGGCACUGUCACCGAUGUCACCAACUAUACCAACUGCAGGUCCACUGACGAGAACGUGCUGAAGGUGUCGGAUCGUUGUGACUAUGUGUUUGUUAAUGGGAAGGAGACGAGGGGGAGGAUGAGGAUGGUGCUCAACUUCACCUACAGCUACCUGAGUGCCCAACUGGAGAUGAGUGUGUGGAUGCCCCACCUACCCCUGCUUAUCGACAUAGCCAACCCCGAACUCAGCCAGAUCAAGGGCUGGAGAGUCCCCGUGGCCGCCGGCAACAAGAGGACCAGCUGGGACAGUGAGGAAGAGGAGGAUAUGAGGAAGAGCAGAGGCUGCAUGCUACAGUACCAACACACUGUGGUCAGGGUGCUCACACCCUUUGUGGCCGAGUCGUCGGACCCAUCUCCAGACCCCAUGGUAGGGGGAUUGGGGGGGUCUCUGGAGACUUUCCUGGGGCCAGACUGGCAGGUGGAUGUCACCAGCCUGGUGCGCUACUCUCUCAGGGUGGGAGACCAAUCUAUAGCCAGACUACAUGCUGGGACGGUACUGCAGGGACGCUCUGCAGGGACCACCACUCUACAGGUGAUGUCUCCUCUGUCUGACUCGAUCCUGGCUGAGCGGAUGGUCAGGGUUCUGGAAGACAAAGUGAGUGUGACAGAGCUGGGAGUGCAGCUGGUCUCUGGCCUCUCUCUGUCCCUCCAGCUCAGCCCAGGGAGAAACAUGGCCAUCAUUGCCACGGCUACAAUACAGGAAGUCAUGCAGAGACCCAAACAGGAGGCAAUGGUCAGCUGCUGGAUCCAGUUCAGUGACGGCUCAGUGACCCCUCUGGACCUCUUUGACCGCAGCGUCUACUCCCUGACUGUGACCUCCGGGGACAAGAGUGUAGGGACUGUGCGCCGGACCCCCCAGUCAGCAUUUGUGGUGGCAGAGGGUGAGGGUCAGGGGGCGCUGGUGAAAGCUGAGCUGAGGAUCUGUGAGGAGUGCCAGAAGUCUAAGAGGAAGAGCAAGCUGGUGGUGGGCAAUGGGCUUCUUAGGGUCACUUUCCAGAAAGGCAGCAGGACGGACGGAGGGGUCACUGGUGGUGGUGCUACUGGCUAUGGCAGUGAAGGUUCAGAGUCAGAGGUAGAGCCUGAGCCAGUCGUGACAUCACCACAGGAACUCACGCCAGUUGUGACCUCACUACGGGCUCUGACCGAGGGGGACGGAGACAGACGCUCGUUCAGGAGCACUGUGCCAGACUGCCAGGACAGCACUGUAACUGAUGUCACCACGUCAACAGCCAGGGAUCAGGAAGUGGCUGGAGGUGGCAUCUCUACCAUCAGAGAGGGCAUCAGCAGCACCACCACCAACACUGAUAGUAGUACCACCACCAAGGGAAAACCUGGCACGGACAAACCUCAGGUGUCUGGCAGACCUGGCAGGGACAGAAGCCUGGGCAGAGGACAGGGGAGAGACUGGGGGAACCUGGUUGAAAACCCCAACCAGAAGAAAAAGAUGCCCAAAGCAGAGGCACCACCCCAGAAAGAGCAGCCCAAGCCGCCCCAGGUGGUGGAGAGUGACCUGGUGAAGACGUUCAAAGCCAUGUCAGACCUGGAGAUUGGCAUCUUCGCGCUGGUGGGAGUCUCUGUCCUGGCCAUCCUGGCCUUCCUGCUCAACUGCGCCUCCUAUAAUCUCUGCUUCCGGGUCGACAAGAUCACCGUCCAGGGCAACCCAGACCCCAACGGCCCCAAGGAGCAUAGGCACGACUGGGUGUGGCUGGGGACCAGCACAGGGCCAGCGCCGGACAACCCACCCCAGGUCUCCACCAUCAAACGGGAGAACCACGGCUCUAUUGAGUCCCACUGCAUCCUGCAGAGACAAUGCUCCACAGAUAGCCACCGGGCUCUGGAGAGCAACCUGAGUAUGAGUGCUAUCCCAGAGAGGACUGCCACCUUGGGUAGGAGGAGCAGCUCCCAGCAGGUUCCCACCCUGGACCCCAUGGCUCAGGGUUCAGCCACCCUCCUAGCCAAGCCAACCCGCAGCGAUCCACUCCACUCCCCCACCAGCAAGAGGAAUCAGGUCCAGUUCACCACCUUCACCACACUGGACAUUAAGCACUUGGCUGCCCUGAAGAGGAACGGAGUGGACUUUAACUGGGCCAGUCAGGCUGGGGGAGCUGGGGAGCCUAAGGGGCCACUACCUGACAUGCUAUGGCCUGUAGUCACACCCAUGGGCCAACCACAGUGA